AUGACCGAACCCAAAAUCGAAAUAGAAGAAGAAAUCAACGAAUCGCCAAGGACAAAUGGAUUCGAUCCAAGUAUUUAUGAUAAAAUUGUCGAAGGAUGCCGGUUAAGUGUAAGAAUGGCUUCACAAAAUGAAUGGAGGCAGGCGGAAAUUAUUUCAAGGUGCCGAGCUCCAAAUGGCUCGAUGAAGUUCUACGUGCACUAUGUGGACUGUAACCGAAGACUGGACGAAUGGGUUCAAGCCGACAUGCUCGAUAUCACAACGCUCCGAAUGCCACAAAAAGGUGGAAAGAAAGGAGCGCAUUUGAAGGAAGAAAGUCGAGAUUCAAACGAAACAGAUGCUAAACGAGGAGGUCGGAAGCGGAAGAUACCACUGGUACCGAUGGAUGACGUGAAGCAAGAACCAUCUGAUAUAGCGCCGCCGAUACCAACAGUGUCAAAUGGAUCAACACCAAGUCUUCGGGGAUCAAUGUCAAUGGUUGGGCACAGUGAAGAUGCGAUGACAAGGAUCAGAAAUGUCGAAUGCAUAGAGUUGGGAAGGUCGCGAAUCCAGCCGUGGUACUUCUCACCCUACCCACAACAGUUGACGAGUCUGGACUGCAUUUAUAUUUGUGAAUUCUGUCUCAAAUAUCUCAAGUCAAAAACUACUUUAAAACGGCACAUGGAGAAAUGCGCACUGUGUCAUCCGCCUGGUAAUCAAAUAUACAGCUACGACAAACUCUCAUUUUUCGAAAUCGAUGGCCGGAAGAACAAGAGUUACGCUCAGAACUUGUGCCUCCUUGCCAAGCUGUUUCUCGAUCACAAAACUCUUUACUACGACACUGAUCCCUUUUUGUUCUAUGUGCUGACAGAAGAAGAUGAAAAGGGACAUCACAUAGUGGGAUACUUUUCAAAAGAGAAAGAAUCGGCAGAUGAAUACAAUGUUGCAUGCAUAUUGGUGUUGCCGCCGUUCCAGAAAAAGGGAUAUGGCAGUCUGCUUAUCGAAUUCAGCUACGAGUUGUCGAAAAUCGAACAAAAGACAGGAUCGCCAGAAAAGCCGCUGUCGGAUCUGGGACUUCUCUCUUAUCGAUCGUACUGGUCGAUGGCAAUUAUGAAGGCACUGUUCAAGUUCAAACGGAAUCGCCCCACCGAGGACAUAACUGUCCAAGAUAUCUCGCAAAGCACGUCAAUCAAGAGAGAAGACGUCGUCUCAACGUUACAACAGCUUGACUUGUACAAGUAUUACAAAGGACAGUACGUGAUAGUGAUAAGUGACGAGAAGCGGCAAGUUUAUGAGAAGCGAAUAGAAGCAGCAAAGAAAAAGACACGUAUUAAUCCAAAUGCAUUACAAUGGCGACCGAAAGAAUACGGAAAGAAAAGGGUCAGUUACCACUAUUUUCUAGAUCAAAAUUUAACGUCUUCUUUUCAGGCGCAGAUCACCUUCUAG